AUGGCCACUCACCGUGCGGAUGCCAGUAAUUUCCUCGACAAUCGAGGCUACUCCGGCCCUCUAGUGCGCGGUGUCAACCCCGUCACCUUAUUCGAAAAGGCCGUGCGCGACCGCAUUACAGACUCCUAUUACUGGAAAGAACAAUGCUUCGGACUGAAUGCUGCAACCCUGUGCGAUCGCGCCGUGGAACUGAGCUGCGUGGGUGGUACAUACGGUGUUUCCGAAAAGCCGACACCUUUCCUCUGCCUUGCCUUCAAGCUUCUUCAGCUCAAUCCUAGCCGAGAUAUCGUUCUCGAGUACCUCAAUUUUUCGGAUCCUGGCAGCGACGACGAGGGCGAGAAUCCCGAUAGUGGCGUGGUGCAGACGCGUGGAGAUUUCAAGUACCUCCGAGUUCUCGCUGCUUUUUACGUGCGGCUCACCUUCGAUGCCGUCGAUGUAUACAAAACACUGGAGCCGCUUCUGCUUGACUAUCGAAAGAUCAAGCGCCGAGUUCGGGACUCGUUCACUCUGACGUAUGUCGAUCAAUUCAUCGAUGACUUGUUGACAAAGGACCGUGUGUGCGGUACGAGUUUGUGGAAACUACCCCCGCGGCAACAACUAGAGGAUCUGGAUAUGCUGGAUGAGCGGAUAAGCCCUCUCGCCGACGAGCUGGAGGAGCUUGAUAGAGACAGCAAUGGGGAGGAAGAAAGUUCAGAUCGCGAGCAGGGCCGCAGCGACAAUGAAUCAUCAGGCAGGAGAGAAGAGGGCGAAGUUUGA